AUGGAAACAACAAAUCCAGCAAAUCGUGAAGUCACAACAAUAUUAAAUGACGCACCUCAAAUAUCGUCGUCGUCGUCAUCUGUAGCUGAUGCUGAUGAAGAUCUAAUUUCAAAGCUUACACAAUUUGAAUCUAAUUUAAUAGGAUCAAAUGUUAUUUAUUAUAUGAUUAAAAGAAGAGUAGAACUAGAUAAAAUAAAUGAUUUUUUGGAAAAUAAUUGGAGCAAAUUUGUAAAUUUGAAUAUUUUUUCUAACUCUUCUUUUAACGACCGUGAUGGUGAUAGAAAAAGAAAAUGUGAAAAGGUUUUUUCUGAAUAUUUUAUGUUAAUAACUGAGUUGGCGGUAUUUUUAAAAUCUGUACAUGAUUCGGCUGAUAAGAAAGGGAAGUUGGAAUAUUUCUAUGCUACAGGGAAUUACUUGUUAUAUAUGUUUGCUAAAAUAUUAAGGCGCCUUAAUAAUGAUAGCGAUGGUGAUAAAUUGAAGGAAAAUACUUUGAAUGCUUCGGUUGAUAAACAAUGUGUAACGAUUAUUAAUGAUGAUGAGUUUACUCUAAAUAACUUUAUAGAGUAUCUUAAUUUAAUCUCAACAAAUUCGUCACCAUCUUCAUAUAAUAACCAAAAACAACAGGAUUUCUUUAAUAAAUUUCAUCGAAUUAUUGACAAUGAUUUUAGUCAAACAUUAAUUAAUGAUAAACUACCGAUUUAUAUAAAUGAUGAAUUUAUGGAAUUAAGCGUAUAUGAUUACGAAGAUUAUAAAAACAAACCAUUGGACGACGAAUGUACAAAAUGUUUGGAAAGACAAAUAAUUUUAAUUGGUGAUUCGAUUUGUAUCUGUUUAGAAAAUAUAUAUAUUUAUUACAAUGAAAAAAUAGAAAAUGUCUAUAAUGAUAAAUCAAAAAUGAAAGGAAGAAUACAAGAAGUUAUUAUCGGAGGAAACAAAUUAACAAACAGAAUGUGGUACGUAUACAUUUUGUAA